GUUUAUCUCUGCCAAAUGGUGCGGCAUGAGUCAUUCGGCGAAAAGAAGUUGUGCUAUGCAAUUUGGCAUGAGCACUGGGAUUGUGGAAAGCGUAUCCCGGUGAACCUUGACAAGAAAUUGCAGUUCCGACAACCUACAGGAAAGCGACGCAGCUCGAAACAAUCCUCGCACGGACAUGGCGGUUAA